UCUCACACUCGUGCGUGUCAUACAGAGUUGGCGGUCGGCCAAGGGCCCUCUGUACACCAUCUUAGUGAAGCAUAACAUAUUCUACUAUGCAUGUGGUCUGCGUGAGUCAGAGCUUACAUUCGUUUGUUUCCGUGCUUAUUGGUGAUGAUUAACUUUGGGAAAGUUCUCUCGGCCAUGAACGUCAUUGUGCCACUGUUGCCGCUUUCAGAUUCCCUAUCCUACUUCCUCCCCGAAGGAUUUGAAGUCUUUAUCCUUGCGAUCCUCGCUACGCGCAUGCACCUCCACCUCUGGCAUAUGGACCGGCACGUGCACGGUUCUGACAUCGCCGUGUGUAUAUUUAUGUCGGACAUGUCAUCUGCAGACGUGAUGAUGCGCACCAUCCAAUCUUAGUACUUAUCGUGGAGAAGUAAACAGGUUGUUACAAGAUCAAUUUACUCAGGCCCGGCGGUAAUAUAUUCGGCAAACUCCGACUAACCAUCACCGCAUACACAAGACCGACUCAAUCGCCACUAUCCACAAAUAUUCAAGUAAUGAGACUGAAGAAAUACUCCACCUUUUCCUCCAGAGUGCACGCACUGAAUAUGCUCAAAGUAACUACUAAUUGUUGUUCGUUCGCUCAUCCGCCGCUCACAGCAUAAACUAAAUACCUAUAUCAAUACACCCCUACCAGAUCGUAAUGACACAGGCGCCAGCCCCCGAUUCGCUCAUUCCUGGCAUGUUCGAAU